AUGAAGACUGAAAUCUGCGCUUUCUCUGGUUACAAGAUCUACCCCGCAAAGGGUAAGAUUUAUGUUCGCACUGACAACAGAUCUUUCCGUUUCGUCAACGGUAAGUGCGAGUCCUACUUCAAGCAGCGUUUGAACCCUCGCAAGAUCGACUGGACCGUUGUCUACCGUCGCAUGCACAAGAAGGGUAUCACUGAGGAAGUUGCCAAGAAGCGCACCCGCCGCACUGUCAAGCACGACCGUGCUGUCGUCGGUGCUUCCUGGGAUGCCAUCCGUGCCAAGCGUGCCCAGAAGCCCGAAGUCCGUGCUGCUGCUCGCCAGGCUGCUGUUGCCAAGUCCAAGGAGGCUAAGAAGGCCAAGGCUGCUACCAAGACCACCAACGCUAACCAGCCCAAGGUCAGCAAGCAACAAGCCAAGGGUUUCGCUCCCAAGGCCGCCGCCACCUCUCGUUAA